AAAGCGCUAGGAUUGCAGGCAUGAGCCACUUCUCUCCGCUAGGACUUUUAUUUUUAAUGGUCAACUGAUUUGAGUAGGUUACUUUGAAGUAUUGUCACAGGUUCCAGACAGGCAAUAAUGCACGCAUGCAUUCGCUUACUUAUUCAGCUCAUGGUACACUGAGAAACUCUAGGUUCAUGUUUAACCAACAAAUGUGUUCUUCCAGUAUGCCGUUUUUCAGACAAUGAUGUGUGGCAUUCAGAGGUGUUUUACAACCCUUAAUAAAAGAGCAACUAACACUAGUAUGUGCUAUACAUCCAUUCUUAAUGCAUCCAUCGUACCUACUUCCAUCCUAACCUGAAAACAUAACUGUCUGUAAAUGAGGAAAGGAGCAGCCUGGGGAUCCAGAAAUCACUGCAGGGGUCACGUUUUGUACCGAGGCAGUAGGUUUGGAGAGGCUCUGAACUGGAACCAAGGCCCCCAACUUCAAAAUGUACUUGGCCCCUAGCCUUUGAAUUUGCUUUAAAGUCAUUAGUAAAUCCUAUUCAAUUUUCAUCAAAGAAUCUUCAUGAUAUGUACUGUGCUCUAUAAUAGAAAUUCCCAUCUGCCUAUGAUGCCAUUCUCAGAGUUUGUAUCCCAAAUUCGCUUUCUUUUCCUUUGCUUUUUCUUUUCUUUUUCUUUUUGAGACAGUCAACAGUCUCACUCUGUGGCCCAGGCUGGAGUGCAAUGGCUCACUCCAAACUCUGCUUUCCCGGUUCAAGCGAUUCUCCUGCCUCAUCUCUCAAGUAGCUGGGAUUACAGGAAGAAAAAUGUCUGAAAAGCAGAUGAAGGAAGCUUUUGUCAGUAACCUCAAUGGAACCACCGUGCUGGAAAUCACCCAGGGAUUGUGCUUUCCUGCAUUCUGUAUCCUGUGCAGAGGAUUCCUGAUCAUUUUCUCACAGUACUUGUGUUCUUUUUCACAUACCUGGAAAACUAGAUUCUUCAUUGACUUUGUUGUCCUAAUAGUUCCCAUGGUAGCCACUUUGACCAUUUGGGCUUCAUUUAUCCUCCUUGAGCUUCUUGGUGUAAUUAUCUUUGGGGCAGGGCUGUUGUAUCAAAUAUACCGAAGGAGGACCUGCUAUGCCAGACUGCCUUUCCUAAAAAUCCUUGAAAAAUUCUUGAACAUCAGUCUAGAAUCAGAAUGCAUUCCAGCCAUCUCCUGUUUCCGUGUAAUUACCAGUGCAUUUACUGCUAUUGCUAUUUUGGCUGUGGACUUCCCACUUUUUCCCAGAAGAUUUGCCAAAACUGAGCUCUAUGGGACAGGAGCAAUGGAUUUUGGAGUAGGUGGCUUUGUUUUUGGGUCUGCAAUGGUUUGUCUAGAGGUCAGGAGGAGAAAAUAUAUGGAAGGGUCCAAAUUGCGUUACUUUACAAACUCACUAUACUCUGUAUGGCCAUUAGUCUUCCUAGGAAUCGGACGAUUAGCCAUUAUAAAAUCAAUAGGCUAUCAGGAACAUUUAACUGAGUAUGGAGUUCACUGGAACUUUUUCUUUACCAUAAUAGUUGUGAAAUUGAUAACACCACUGCUUUUGAUUAUUUUUCCCCUAAAUAAGUCCUGGAUUAUUGCCCUCAGCAUUACUAUAUUAUACCAGCUAGCCCUUGACUUUACCUCACUGAAGAGGUUAAUAUUAUAUGGCACUGAUGGUAGUGGCACACGGGUUGGUCUAUUAAAUGCCAACCGUGAAGGAAUAAUCUCUACCCUGGGGUAUGUGGCAAUACACAUGGCUGGUGUGCAAACAGGGUUAUACAUGCAUAAGAACCGAUCACAUAUCAAAGACUUGAUAAAAGUAGCCUGUUUUCUUUUACUAGCAGCUAUUAGCCUCUUCAUAUCUCUUUACGUAGUUCAAGUAAAUGUAGAAGCAGUAUCUCGAAGAAUGGCAAAUUUAGCCUUUUGUAUUUGGAUAGUUGCUUCUAGCCUGAUCCUUCUUAGUAGUUUAUUACUGGGUGAUAUAAUUUUGAGUUUUGCCAAAUUUCUAAUUAAUGGAGCUCUAGUACCAUGUUCUUGGAAACUUAUCCAGUCACCUGUUACAAAUAAAAAGCAUUCAGAAUCUUUAGUCCCUGAAGCUGAAAGAAUGGAACCCAGUCUUUGUUUAAUCACAGCUCUAAACAGAAAACAGUUAAUAUUUUUCUUGCUGUCAAAUAUAACAACUGGCCUGAUCAACCUGAUGGUAGAUACAUUACACAGCAGUACCUUGUGGGCCUUAUUUGUGGUCAAUCUCUAUAUGUUUUCCAACUGUUUAAUUGUAUAUUAACAGUAUACACUCCCAGGCUGGAGUGUAGUGGUGCCAUCUCAGCUCACUGCAACCUCCACCUCCCAGGUUCAAGCAAUUCUCCUGCCUCAGCCUCCUGAGUAGCUGGCACUGUAGGCAUGCACCACCAUGCCCAGCUAAUUUUUGUAUUUUUAGUAGAGAUGGGGUUUUGCCAUAUUGGCCAGGCUGGUCUCAAACUCCUGAACUCAAGUGAUACACCCACCUUGGCCUCCCAAAGUGCUGGGAUUACAAGUGUGAGCCACUACACUGGGCCAAUGCUUAAUAUUUUAAUGUAUCUCAACAAUAAAACCAAGAAGAAACAAAGCCUUUUGACUUGUUAGAAUGUAUUAAGUAGUAUUUUAAAGAAACUUUAUAGUUGUGACAUUGAAAGACUUGGGGUGGGGGGAAGGAAAAUUUUUACUUUCCAUCUUAAUGUAACCUUAUGCUAUUCUGUAUUUUUACUGUAUAUUGCGUUUACAAUAAAUAUAAAAUGAAAUGUUUAUGUUGACAUUUCAGUGUGAA